AUGUCCCCCAUGGGACACCAGACCCAGCUGCGGCCCCAGUGCAGUGACUCCCUGUCUGACCCAGCAGCCCCUGCAGCCUCGGAGGACAGUGCUGCCAACUGCUCAGAGAGCCGACAGCUCCGCCUGGUGGACGGGGGCAGCCGCUGUGCCGGGAGAGUGGAGAUCUACCAUGAGGGCUCCUGGGGCACCAUCUGUGAUGACAGCUGGGACCUGAGCGAUGCCCACGUGGUGUGCAGACAGCUGGGCUGUGGAGAGGCCCUGGAUGCCCUGCACACUUCUUACUUUGGAGAGGGAUCAGGGCCCAUCUGGCUGAAAGAACUGAAGUGCACAGGAAAAGAGUCCCAUGUGUGGAAGUGCCAUUCCUGGGGCUGGGGGAAGCACGACUGCAGUCAUGCUGAGGACGCGGGGGUCACCUGUUCAGGAUUUGUGCGCCUGGUUGGAGGAGAUGGACCCUGCUCAGGGCAAGUGGAAGUGAAUCCUAAAGGAGAUUGGAUUCCAGUUUCUGAUGGGAACUUCACAAUUCCCACUGCCCAGGUCAUCUGUGCAGAGCUGGAGUGCGGCAAGGCUGUGUCUGUCCUGGGGCACAUGCCCUUCAGAGGGGCCAGUGGACAGGUCUGGGCUGAAGAGUUCCGGUGCAAGGGGCAGGAGUCUAGCCUCUGGCUCUGCCCGAGAGCACCCUGUCCUGGAGGGACUUGCCACCACAGUGGGGCUGUUCAAAUCAUCUGUUCAGAUUACACAGAAGUGCGGCUCAUGAAAAACGGCAUCUCUCAGUGUGAGGGACAAGUGGAGAUGAAUAUUUCUGGAGACUGGAGACCGCUCUGUGCCUCCCACUGGAGUAUGGCCAAUGCCAAUGUCGUUUGCCGUCAACUGGGCUGUGGAGUCGCCAUCUCUACCCCAAAAGGAGCAUACUCUGCGGAAGGAGGCAAUGGGAUCUGGAAAGACCGAUUUCACUGCUCAGGGGCUGAGCCCUUCCUGUGGCAUUGCCCUGUGACUGCCCUGGGUGUUCCCGACUGUAACCGUGGAAACACGGCCUCUGUGGUCUGCUCAGGACACCAGACCCAGCUGCUGCCCCAGUGCAGUGACUCCCUGUCUGACCCAGCAGCCCCUGCAGCCUCAGAGGACAGUGCUGCCAACUGCUCAGAGAGCCGACAGCUCCGCCUGGUGGACGGGGACAGCCGCUGUGCCGGGAGAGUGGAGAUCUACCAUGAGGGCUCCUGGGGCACCAUCUGUGAUGACAGCUGGGACCUGAGUGACGCCCACGUGGUGUGCAGACAGCUGGGCUGUGGACAGGCCCUGAAAGCCCUGGGCUCUGCUCACUUCGGGGAGGGGUCAGGGCCCAUCUGGCUGGAUGACCUGAACUGCACAGGAAAAGAGUCCCACGUGUGGAAGUGCCCUUCCCGGGGCUGGGGGCAGCACGACUGCAGGCACAAGGAGGACGCGGGGGUCACCUGCUCAGAGUUCCUGGCCCUCAGGAUGGUGAGCGGGGACCAGAUGUGUGCUGGGUGGCUGGAAGUUUUCUACAACGGGACCUGGGGCAGUGUCUGCCACAGCCCCAUGGAAGCCACGACCUUGUCCGUCAUCUGCAGACAGCUUGGCUGUGGGGACAGCGGGACUCUCGACUCUUCUGUCGCUGUCAGAGAAGGUUCUAGAUCCCGGUGGGUGGAUGGAAUCCGGUGUCGGAAAACUGCUACCUCCCUCUGGCAGUGUCCUUCUGAUCCCUGGAAAGACAGAUCUUGCUUUUCAACGGAGGAAGCUUACAUCACAUGUGCAGGAGCCGGACCUGAGAGCUGCCCAGCUGCCGCCCCCUGCACAGACAAAGAGAAGCUCCGACUCAGGGGAGGAGACAGCGUGUGCUCAGGCCGAGUGGAGGUUUGGCACGAAGGCUCCUGGGGCACGGUGUGCGACGACUCCUGGAGCCUGGCAGAGGCCGAGGUGGUGUGUCGGCAGCUGGGCUGUGGCUCCGCCCUGGACGCCCUGGGCGAGGCUGCAUUUGGCCCGGGAAAUGGAAGGAUCUGGAUGGACGAUGUGCGGUGCAAGGGCACGGAGUCCUCCCUGUGGGCCUGUGCUGCGCAGCCCUGGGGGCGGAGCAACUGCAAGCAUGAGGAGGACGCGGGAGUCAGGUGCUCAGGUGAGCAGCGGGACCAGGCUGAUGUAGGUGUGCGUGCACAUCCAAAAGCUCUUCCUAGGAUGAGCUGCUGCCCUGUGCUGUGGCUCUGGGGAGACUCAGAUGAAAGGACAGCUGUUCCCCCCAGCCCUGGAGGUGCCAUUUCAGGCUCAGCUCCUGUCCCUGGCGUCUUCUCCCUGCCUGGGAUCCUCUGCCUCAUCCUGGGAGCCCUUCUCUUCCUGGUGCUCGUCAUUCUGGGGACUCAGCUGCACAGACGGAGAGCAGAGCGCAGAGCCUUAUCCACUUUCCAGGAUGCACUCGCUGAGCCUGUUUACCAGGAGAUCGAUUACCUCGGGAUGACAAGGGAGGAUCUGCUGGGCAGCCCAGACCCUCUGGGACAGGCGGCUGAUGCACCCAGUGACGGCUAUGACGAUGCUGCAGAGACGCCAGGUGUGGAGACGCCCCCCGUCCCGCGGAUGAGUCGGGGGGAGCUGCCCCCGGAGGAGGAGCAUGGGGCGAGGGCCUCUCAGGCAGGAUCUUUGGUGCAGUUCCACAGAGGGGCAGCAGACCCUGGGAAAGGACCAGAUAGACCCUGGCUGCCCCAGGGGCAAGAAGGGGACCCUGCGUAUGACGAUGUUGAACUACCUGCCCCUGGAACAUCUACGGCGGCUUUCCCAUAGUGUCGUAUUAGGAAUGAGAUGAGUCUCUGACAGUCUAAUUGCCUGCAGCCCGAUGAACUACUGCUGACCCGUAAUUGCAUGACAUGGA